AUGGUCAACUUCGAGCUAUUCACCUCAAUCCGCUAUGAUCCUGUUCUUCUCGAGGCGCAAAGCCUAAAAAGCCUAAGUAUAAAUGACUGGAACAGGAGAACAGCCUCCCCAUGGUACAUGCUGGACUACCACCGCGACCGCAUGCUGAGGGCAGCCACGCACUUCGGCUGGGAGCGCGCGAUUGCCAAGAUCGAGGGCCCUGAAGGUCUCAACGCACUUGAGCAUUUCCUCAGUCGCGUCACUCAAGAAGCCGGCCUGAGACCCCAUCGCGUCAAGAUCUUGUUGUACGAGGAUGGCAAAUUGGACCUCCAAUACAGUCCCAUUCCACAGAAGAAUCUAGGAGCUCUGUUUCCAAGUCAUCUCCCGGCACUAGGAUCAGAUACGAACGAUAGUGUUGACACGGGAAACUCCCAGGAGUCGACCCCGCCUAGAGAGCUUACGUAUGAUAUUCUGAUAGACAGCGAUGCUACAUCGCCCAGUGAGUUUACUCACUACAAGACGACCAGCCGGGAAAUGUACGACGAUGCAAGGAGACGGCAUCAGCUCAGCUUGACGGAUCUCAAGGAGGUCUUACUAGUCAAUUCGAACGACGGCUCGAUUAUGGAAGGCAGUUUUACGACGCCGUAUUUCUGGCGCAACGGCAGAUGGGUUACGCCGCCGGUCUCCAAGGAGUUUCGGGAGGGUCGAGGAAGCGGUGGAAACGACGGGACCUCGAGGAGGUGGGCACUUGAAAGGGGUAUAGCCGUUGAGGAGACUGUUCAUGCUGAUAGUCUUCAGAACGACGAACAAGUUUGGUUGAGCACUGGUGUACGAGGUUUUGUAUUUGGAAGAAUCAAACGCUAG